AUGAUGGUCAACGUGUGGUUGGUGCUGCUGUUGAUAUCGUUCGUUUCUGCUCAAUAUUAUGGGAAUUAUUACGGAAGAUAUGGCUUUCCAUGUCCAAUUCCCUUGUUCCCUGUUGCCUCCGGCUACUUGUCGAGACUUGGAUGGGGUUCGUCGAUGUACGGAAUGAACGUGGAGCCGUACAACGCCGCAAAUGCUUACGCAAUGGCAGGAAUGGUUGUGGAUCCAGCUGUGAGCGGAAUGUGCGUAGACACUAACAUGCAAUGUCCGAUUUGGGCCAGUACGGGUCAAUGCGCCACUAAUGCUAUUGUAAUGCGACGAAUGUGUGCGUUAUCGUGCGGCACUUGUGCGACGGGCGUAGACUACGGAGUUGGUUUCGGACCUGGCUUAGGCCUAGGAUAUGGAGGUUAUGGGAUUCCUCCAGUUGGUGCACCAUUGCUUGGCAGAAGUAUCUAUGAGCAGGGGAUUCUACGAGCUCCUACUAAAACAGGAAUCCGUCCACGAAGUGAGAAAGUCGAUAAACUAUCACCAGCAAAUAUUUUCCUGCCUACUUUGGAUUGA